CCUCCACGUGAAGCGUCUCGCAAUGCUGUGGAGAGGUCUAGCGCGUCGUCAUUUUGCUAUUAAAACCUUUACGGAGGAAAUUCUUCACUCCGUUUUCGAGUCACGCAUGGCUCGAGCCUGCGUUCACGGGAGCUAUGUACACUCGCUUUGUAGCAAUUUCUCCACUUUGGACACAAAUUCUAGAAAUUCCUCUUGUAAUGUAUGUUUCACGCAGCGAACGGCAAGUUUGGGAGAUGAUUUGAUUAUGAGGCAUUCCAUCUCGGGGUUUACUAGACAAGGUGGGCAGAAUUGGGGAGCUAUGAGAAGGUCCUGCUGCAGGGGAAAAGUGGUGCGAGCGGUAAGCGCGACGGGAGAUAGGGUUGAGGACUCCCUCCCCACGCAGGAGGAGAUUAUUGCAGCGGCGAAGGAGAAGGGGCUGUUGUUGGCCAUCAAAGUGACGGCUGGCCUGCUCUUCGUUGUGACGGCGAUAGAUGUUGAGACAGGGGAGAAUUUGGGCACUGCGGAUGGUUUCAUCAAACCAUGGAUAGAUGGCAACAUUCUGCAUUUGGACAGCAUCCGAUUGACGAAAGCUAGUGCAACUCGUAGCGGGCGGACCAUUUUUGGGGCAGCUGUUUACAUGGGAGCUUUGAUGGUCCGCUUCGGUAUUGACAGCGCUUGUGACAAAGGGGAGCUCCUUGCCAUCAAUGAUUCCGACGAAUAUCACAGAAAAUUAGUGCGGUAUUACAGUAGAUUAGGGUGGAAGCCUGUGCACGAGGUGACCGGCGAUUCAGUGCGGGAUUUCGCACACAUGUUGGUUUGGGGCGGGGUAGGAACUCGUAUGGACGCUGACCUUCGAGAAUUGUUAGGAAAGUGGGCAAAGACAUUGCUUCCAACAUCAGCCUCUAAAGCGAAGGCCAUGGUAGAGACUUAGCGUAUGAUGCAAGGUGUAGAGAAUCCAAUUAUUGUUUGUACCCGCGGGUGUUUUUUCUCUUUAACUUUUGAAUUAAGAUUCAAAACCUCGGCAAUCACUUCACAUCCCUGAAAGGAUUGCAGUUGUUAACAA